CUUGUUUGCUAGUCGGGAUUAAACUGACUUUCAUCAGCUGUGAGGUCAAGGCCUGCUACAUCUCCCCCUUAAGAGAUGUCGUACAUGUUCAGCCACCGUGGAAUCCUGGUCGAACGGGACGUCGUGAAUCAACAAGAAGUAUCGGUGUCGGCGGCGUUACGGGCUUGUCGGCGGGUACGGCAUCUUCUUCAGGCAGCACAAAGUGGUUUGUGCCAGAUCCACCUUCCAGUGGAUCUUCGGUUCCAGGCAGGGCCGGUGGUGCGGGACUAUCCGGAGCAGGAAUCUCGAUCUCGAUGGGAGCUUCAGGUUCUUCCUGGUUGGCUAGCAGCAACGGUCGAGCUUCUUCAAUCAGGAUCUCCCACGGUAGACGUUGUUGGACUUGGUUCAGCUGCACGAUGUAGUAGACGGAACCUUUCCGUUCGACGACACGGCUGGGAAUCCAGGACUACACUGUAUCCAGCAUAACCCAAGAAUGAGACAAACCAUACGUUCUCAUAAUUUUGCUGCCGACCAUAAUACAUUUUCCGCAACUGACUUGAAUAAGUUUCCCAAUUCUUCCAUCGCAGAUUAAAAGACACAUUUUUUUUUGAAAAUAAAUCAUUUUAU